AACAUUAGCUUUUAAUAUAAUCUUGAUAGAAAAGAAAACAUCACAUUAGUCAUUAAUAAAAUUCUUAAAAAUGUAAAAUUAUAAGAAUUAACACAUUCAAGUACUAUUUAUGUGUUUUAGUUCAUGUGAAAAAUAAUAAAACCAAUUAACGAACUAACCAAGUCGGAUAAUUGUAGUUUUUGUUUGGUCCGGAGUUAGCUACGACAUGUGGCAUACAAUAAUUGGUUAGGAAAAGCUAAGCUUUAAGAGUUAGAGAUGAUGGGUCGUGAAAGAAGAAGCUGUCACAGUGGCACAUACGUCCGUGGCUUCCCCAUAUCUCACGUGCAUACGGAUAACGUAAUCACCAUUUUUUCUAAGUCCCCACCCAAAUAUCUACGUGGCUUUGCCACGUCAUCCUAACCAAACCGACGGAUUUGUUCAGAUAAUAUGAAAAAGCUCCUAAAAACAGACAGAAGAAGCUUUUGUCACCAAUCUCUGAUCUUUUUAGUUCUCUUAUCGGGAGGAAUCUUUUAUAUGUUAUGUAUAAUAAUAAUUGAGAAUAUGGAAAGAGUAUGUGAGUUUUGUAAAGCGUAUAGAGCAGUGGUUUAUUGUAUAGCUGAUACAGCAAAUCUUUGUUUAACAUGUGAUGCAAAGGUUCAUUCAGCUAAUUCACUCUCGGGACGGCAUUUACGUACGGUUUUAUGUGAUUCUUGUAAGAAUCAGCCUUGUGUUGUUCGAUGUUUUGACCAUAAAAUGUUUCUUUGCCAUGGAUGUAAUGAUAAGUUUCAUGGUGGUGGCUCUUCUGAGCAUCGUAGAAGGGAUUUGAGGUGUUAUACGGGUUGUCCUCCUGCUAAAGAUUUCGCGGUUAUGUGGGGUUUUCGAGUUAUGGAUGACGAUGAUGAUGUUUCGUUAGAGCAAUCUUUUCGAAUGGUUAAACCUAAGGUGCAAAGAGAAGGUGGUUUUAUCUUGGAACAGAUUCUUGAAUUGGAGAAGGUUCAGCUCAGGGAAGAGAAUGGUAGUUCUUCCUUGACAGAACGAGGUGAUCCAUCUCCAUUGGAGCUUCCUAAGAAACCCGAAGAACAGUUAAUCGAUCUUCCGCAGACCGGAAAAGAGCUGGUUGUUGAUUUUUCACACUUGUCCUCAUCUUCCACACUUGGUGAUUCCUUUUGGGAAUGCAAAAGUCCAUACAAUAAGAACAAUCAGUUGUGGCAUCAAAAUAUACAAGACAUUGGAGUAUGUGAAGAUACAAUCUGCAGUGACGAUGACUUCCAAAUACCUGACAUUGAUCUCACUUUCCGGAACUUUGAAGAGCAAUUUGGAGCUGAUCCUGAGCCAAUUGCAGAUAGUAACAACGUGUUCUUUGUUUCUUCCCUUGACAAAUCACAUGAGAUGAAGACAUUUUCUUCUUCAUUCAAUAAUCCCAUAUUUGCACCUAAACCAGCUUCAUCAACUAUCUCAUUCUCAAGCAGUGAAACCGAUAACCCUUAUAGUCACUCAGAGGAAGUAAUCUCAUUUUGUCCCUCCCUCUCUAACAAUACACGUCAAAAGGUCAUCACAAGGCUCAAGGAGAAGAAGAGAGCAAGAGUGGAGGAGAAAAAAGCUUAAUAUGGUCCCAAGAAAAUGGCAGAGUAACACAAUUUCUUGCAAUGCCUUUGUACAUAAGACACUAAUCUACCUCUUCAUCUAUUUUACAUGGCUCAGUUUCUUGCAUGUAACUGUGAAUCUGAAGAUUCAUCACUUGUUGAUUAUUUUCCAUUUUGUAACCACAGACAGGUUUGCACCAAAUUCACCAGAAUUAACCUUUUUAGAAGUCAAAUCACAAGGUUUAACUUACAAAAACAAUGAUGAG